AUGCGGCAAGCAUCUUUCGCGAGAGCGACCUCGACGGCGUGGGCGCCACCGCUGCGCUCUACCACCGGCAAUGUCCGUACGCAUGGCAUGGGGAGGAGAUCAGCUCCGCUUUGGAGACUCUCGCCAUUCGGUGUACGGUCGACGUCCUCGAUUCAUUCUGGACACAUCAAGCUUGACGAGAAUGAGGGUAUUCUCUACGUGAACAACAUCUUUCCCCAGCGGCUCCAAUGGUUCCUGCGGGGUCCACUCAGCCACAGCCAACCUCUCGAAGGACUGUUCACGCGGAUCAACAAACCCGAUUUUGCUGCUGCAGACCCCUUGCACAUAGCUGAACGGGCACUACCGAAGGAUCUGGGCCUUGAAAUUAAAGAAGUGGUCCCUCGAUACAAAGAAGGAGGUUUAUUCAUCAAGUACGCACGCAAUCCUGGCGUCAGUGAUGAGGACAUCCAAACCGCAGCUCACGAUUACAUCGCGAAGAACCCCAUUAGGCCCUGGUUCAACCCAUUCCAGACCGUUGAUGCGGAUCUGGUGCGUGGGCGGCCAUGGAUUGAGGAUCUAUAUCGGAUCCCCAGCCAAACCUUGAAAGUGGAAUUCUUGCCUGGCUCUACCGAUGGCCCUGCCGGGGAAUUGACCCAGGAAGCUCUGUAUUCUCUUUUCCGUCCCUUUGGCAAGCUCCUGGACAUCCAGCCACAGCCCUCUGAUUCCAAGAUCGAGCCGAGGUACGCUACUCUGCGAUUCAGCCGGCCUCGAUUCGCCGUGAUGGCAAGGAACUGCAUGCAUGGAUAUACUGCAUCUGAACAAGAUGGCGGUGGAAAGACAGGUACUAGAUUCAGGAUCAAUUACGAGCGCAAGAUCAAGUUCUCCAUGAUCAAGGAUUGGCUUUUUAGCCAUCCCAGAAUUGUGAUUCCCGCCCUAGCAGCCUUGGUGGCCACAAUUACGGUCAUCAUAUUCGACCCUAUCCGGACAUUUUUCAUCAAGAUGAAGAUCAAAUCAACUCUUCGUACUGAGGAUAACGCGGUUUUCCAGUGGAUCCGCAGACAAGCGGACAAGGCCAACGUGCUUUACUUUGGACAACGCAAAGGUGAUCCCCGGGGUCUAUCCGCCAUCUGGGAGGACCGGCAGAAGGAAAUCUCGCAGUUGCAAGCUUGGCUGACCGAGACGGCGGAGACAUUCAUUGUUAUUCAUGGUCCACGCGGUUCAGGAAAACGAGAGCUGGUUUUGGAUCAGGUGCUGAAGGAUCACAGUUAUAAGGUUGUCAUCGACUGUAAACAGAUCCAGGAUGCUCGCGGCGACACUGCCAAGAUCUCUCGAGCAGCCGCGCAGGUUGGCUACUGGCCGAUAUUCUCCUGGAUGAACAGCAUCAGCAGCUUCAUUGACUUGGCUGCACAAGGAAUGAUCGGUACCAAGGCUGGGUUCUCCGAGACCCUAGAUGCACAGCUUAGCAAGAUCUGGCAAAACACUGCGGUCGCCAUGAAGCGGGUGGCGCUGGAUGGAAGAAGGAAAGAUGACAAGGAUGCCAACCUGAACGAAGACGAGUAUCUUGAAGUCCACCCCGAAAGAAGGCCCGUUUUGGUCAUCGACAACUUCAUCUAUGACCCAGAAAACAGCGUUGUGCUGGACAAGCUUACCGAGUGGGCCGCUAGCCUGACUUCAGGGAACAUCGCCCAUGUCAUCUUUUUGACCACGGACUCGUCAUUCGCGAAACCUCUCGGCAAAGCCCUUCCGAAUCAGGUAUUCCGCACUAUCGGCCUCGGCGACUGUUCGCUUGAUGUGGGUCGCCGCUUUGUGUUAAGCCACUUGGACUCCGGGUCCGCAGAGGAUAGCGAUAGCUCAUCCAAGCAGCCAAAGGAGUGCCUCGAUGGCCUCGAUGACUGUAUUGAGGUUUUGGGCGGCCGCGUUACUGACCUGGAAUUCAUGGCGCAUCGGAUUGAGGCUGGAGAGAGCCCCCGAGCUGCGGUGGACCGUAUCAUCGACCAGUCAGCCUCCGAGAUCAUGAAGAUUUUUAUACUGGGGACUGACUCCACGACACCCCAAUGGACACGCGAGCAGGCGUGGCACCUCAUCAAAUCGCUCGCACACGCCAAGGACGGCGUCCUACUAUUCAACAAGGUUCUUCUUUCCGAUCUAUUCAAAAGUGACGGCGAAGCGACCCUUAGAGCCCUAGAGCAAGCAGAGCUUAUCUCAGUCGCAUCUGAGAAAGGAUUCCCACGAUGGAUCAAGCCCGGCAAGCCCGUCUACCGAGCUGCAUUCCAGCGCCUAACCGAGAACAAGACCUUAGAGGGCCGUAUGGAUCUAAUGAUUCUUGCCCGGCUGAUCGGCGAAGAGAACAAGAGUGUCGGCAAGUAUGAGGAGGAGCUGCAAGUGCUCGGCUCGCUGCCGAAACAUCCUUGGGAGCUUGCGUCGCGCAUUGAGUGGCUUCUGCGCAAGGUUCAGGGAUCACAGGCGAAGAUACAGAAGUAUGAAAACCAAAGUUCUACUCUGCAGAAGAUGCUGCAGGGUGAGAAAUAA